UUUGAUAAACCUGAUUGGAAUUUAGUACUCUUCCUUUCUUUCUGAAGGAAUAAAUUUGUAUUGUAGAUUUAUCAACCUGUUCCCAAGAGAUGAGUAAGCAACAAGCGGGCAGCAUCAAGAUUAAGCCUAAACGGCUUUCGAUUAGACGAACUCGCUCGCCGAACAGAAUGGGCUCAGAAAGAAUGCGACAUGAUGGAUAUGAACAGGAUCGCGAGAGCUCUCUGCCUUCAGAUGUUCGCUCUCGAUUGUGGUCGCUGUUUGUUCAGAUAGAAAGAGAAUUUGAAUGUAUGCAUGCUGAAAACCUUGCUUGUAAGUAAUUCAUGUUUUUCCAUACUGUGUUACUUACUUUUACUGCCGGCAAUUCUCUUUGUGGUGGUAGCAAACACGGCUGUAAAAGUUCCAUUCGGAUUUCUGACUUGGACAAAUCGCACGAACGUUUAUUUUUUUGUCACUGCGAACUAUUUUGAAGUUACCGGAGAAUACUUCAUUCUUGAUGUUGCCUAUGAGGUUAACUUAAUUAGUAACCCGUAAAUAAUUUGACUUACCCACACACAGUAUAUUCAUUCAAAUGCAUAUUGGUAAAGUAUAAAGCUUACUUGUAUGUGAGUCUUUUUAACAUUUCUAGUCAAUUCAUGCUAAAAUUUAGCUGAUAGUUUAGUGAAUAUAGCUUUUUAAAGUUUAUAUUCCUUUCUUGUAAACAUCGAGACCUGGCUAUUUUUAUCUUGAAAAGUUGUUGUGUAAUAAGACAACUGCUUGUUGAUUUGUUGUCCUAAACUGAUGACGUAAAUUGCCUUUGUAUGUCACAAUAUGGUAGCCAUAACAUUGUUUAACAAGUCUCUGGAGACUGCUUUCCUGUGGCCAAUUUUAUGUUACUAAUUGGCAAGCACUUGGAUUCAACAUCUCUUUAUUUGCUAAGAAUUGCAUGAUGUUAAAAAGUACAUUUAAGUGUUUAGGUGGAAUUAAUCCUGAUCUUUUGAAUCAAGUUAAAAGAGCAAAUUGGUUUUAAAUACCAAGAGGUUUGAAAAAUUCAGGGGUAAAAUCACAGUUGUGAAUGGUAAAUGAAAGUUAAAUGUGGUCCAAAUUAGUGGUAAUUUCAAAUACAAAGGGUUUGAAAAGAGUUGGAUUCAACAGUGUAGUUAACUUUUUAUUUUUCUUAAAAGGUAAAUCUUGGUUUAAUAAUAAUAAAAAUAAUGGAGCAACUACAGAAUACAGGGCCAUAUUUUAAGGUCUUAAACAGAAGUGGCUCGGUGGCUCGCUAGUCAUGACAAGUGUUUAAAGAACGAGAAAGAUAUAAGACAUAUAAGUAUAAGACAGACAUAGAAGGCAUAUAUUUUAGUAUGUAUUAUAGCAGAUUAUAGGUAUAUAUUUUGGUGGCUCGGCAGCUCGGUGGCUCUUCAGUCGAGGUUAUAUAGUUUAGUGGCUCGACGGCUCGGUGGCUCGUUAUUCGGGACUACCGAGCCACCGAGCCACCCCAACGAAUAUACCUAGAAAAUUUGCCAUGUAUUCUGUAGUUAAGCCAAAGUAAUAAUAAUCUUUAUUGAGAUAACUAACUUUUCAUACUAAAAAUGGUUUUUAAAAAGGAUCUCGUAAAAUUAAAAAAUAUACAAAAUACCCACAAUACUUAGUUUUACCUCAUUGUGUUAGUUGUUUUCAGAUCAGCUUAUUUAAAAAAGUUUAUGAAUAUAUUUGAAAGGUCCUUUGCGAUUUUCACAUCUCGCAUAAUGCACCUUGUUUGCCCCCACAAAAUUUUAAAUUUUUGCAUAACCCCUGUGAAUGUCUUUUCUUUUCUCCUGGAAUGACUGUAAUACCCAGAAGAAAUUAAAAACAAAGGUCAUGCAAAACUUUGAGGUACAAACAAGGUACAGUAUAUUAUGGCAGCUGACAAAUAGUGAAUAGCAGAAUACACAAUUUUCGAUAUAUUAAAAUUCAUACUUGGCUCCAAGGCUUGGGGGAAUAAAACAAAAGAAUUCAUUAUUGAGCCUCAAGAUGAUUUCUUUUGUUUUAUUCCCCCAAGCCUGAUGCAGCCAAGUAUGAAUGUUAAUAUAUUGGAAUUGGUCUAUUUGCUAUUGAGCUAAGAGACUUAUAUAUAGGAUAAUGCCUAACUUCCAAGGCCUUCUUGUUUUACUGACCGAGUGGACAGAAGGUAGGUUAUUAUUUUUGCGCUCAUUUCACCAGCAUAUCAUCAUGUAUGUUACAGACUGUCAACUGUGAUUUCAGGUUAAUUUUGAUUUAACGUACGUUAGGUUGAUUCUCAAUUUGCUUUGUUUCUUAGCCCUUAUUCAUGAAUAAUAAUAGGGCUAGGAGACAAAGGAAAUUGAAAAUUAACCUAGGUUAAAUCAAAAUUAACCUGAAAUCAAAUGUAGAUUAUCUAACUUGUGUGUGUUUAUGUCUGUUAACAGUGCAAGAGAGAGUUGAAGCAUUGAAUGAAAAGUUGGAUCUUGUCCUGAGUGGAGGAGAAAAGUUUGGAGAUGGUGAAUUAUUUGCUGAGGGAGGUUCUUCAAAAACUGGAUAUAGUAAAAAGCAGUGUAAGCUACUGCAUUGUAUAAAAUUACUGUCAGUUUGCCUAUUGUGUGUCACAGAGAACACAUACAUGGCUUAGUUGAAGAGUUAAUGUUAACAUGUAACAAAAUAAGGCUAUUAUUCCAAGCACUUUUUCAGUUUUUGGUUAAAAAAGUGGCUUAUCUAGAGAUUCAACUUCUGUUUUUGGGCAAAUUGAUUUGGAAAGCUGACAUAAACAUGAUUAAUAGUACAAGACGUAGUGUGCAAACCAUAAUGGACAUUGGAGCAAGUCAUUGGUUUCAUCUAAACACAUUGGUACUUUAGGUUUUCCUGUGUAAAUGUGCACUUCACUUUCCAUAUAUCCACCGUUUUUCCUUUGGUCUUAUAUGCUAGUAGUUAACUCUUAACAACAGGAUUUUAUGGUUGUUUGAAUACAUGUACCUUAUCAUCACUUAUUUUUGUGAGACUUAUUUUCCACGAUUUCUGUAAUUUAAAAAAAUUCAUGAAAUUAAAUUCCGGCGAAAAAAGGUGUUGCGAAAAUUAAAGACACAAAAUUUAAAUAUAAAAACCUUAAUUAAAGUUUUACGUCUGCUAGGAGCAUACAUAUGGGGAGGAGGGCUCAAAUUUCAGUUCAGCACAUGUCCUUGUUCCUCAUCAUCUGACGCAUUGCUGAAGUGUUAAAAGAUGUUAUUUUGCUGAUUUGUUGAAUAAUUCAGCCAGUUGCUUGUUACAUUUCUAUUCCAUUAUGGUUGAAUAAAAUACAGAGAAUUAAUGGAAGUUUAAAACACGAGCACCAGUGUACACUGUACUUGUUUCAAGAACUUUAAUUACCUUGAAAAACAGUUUUUUCAUCAAAAUCGUGAAAUUUAAGUCCCACAAAAUAUUUCUCUUCCAAAUUUGCUAAAUUAAAGUCGUGGUAAAAUUAGUGAUAAUUAGGUAAAAAAGAAAAAGCCAUAUGCAGCAGUAUAUUAAAAAACCCGCCAGAGCAUGUGCCUUGUGAUCAAGCAAUUUUUUCCAUACAAACCUUUUACAGGGACUCCUCACCUCACCACCUCAGCUAUCCUCUUUGCACCUCAUGGCACAGAGUCCCUCCACUUUUCUUGGUUAGCCUUGUUAAAGUGAAUUUUCUCUCCUUCUGGUUUCUGUAUAAAUAACAGGGUUUUCUGGGAGAGGGUUAUCAGACCUCAGCCAAACCCCCAACCUGGAGGACCAUGGGACCACACUUAGUGUGGUCUCUAUCCUUCAACCUGUUUGGCGUAGGUGGCCCUACCAGGAGUCAAAGACUCUAGGUGACAUAGCUCUAUGGGUCAUUGAGGCACACAAACCACUCCGCCACUGUAAGGUGGUGGUCUUUUUGCACUGAGCAAUCCAACACCCAUAAAAUCCUAGUCUUUCACAUCAGUCAUUCCAAAAUUGGCUUUCUAGCAAAUUUUCUCAUAGUCUUUCCUUCUCUGGCAUUCUUUUAAUGUUUAUCCCAAGCCACUGGGAUACACACUAUUGUACACAACCUAUAAUACUCUUAUAUAGUAACCUUAGGAGUAGUACACUUGUCUGCUGCUUUGAAAAGAGGGAUUGCCAGGCAUUUUUAUCUGUUACUCUAUGAACUUAUUGUAGUUUGUGAUAAUUUAUGUGUUGCAGCUGCAAGCCAGUUGAUGUCCCAGAAAAUAAAAACGACUUACAAAGCUUCUACUAGUAAGGUAAUAAAAUUAUAAUUGCAUGAAUUACUCAGUUGGAUACAUUUUAAUGUCAAAUAUGUGCAAUCCCGCCAUACAGAUGUUUUACAUGUACAUGUAUCUUGUUACACAUAAAAUAGACCUCAUCAAGCUAACAGGCCUGUCUUUUUAACUGUUUAGUACACCUAGCCUGAUGGCAUUGCUGAAAUCCACCCAUGUCCAUCAGCCAGUGGGUCAUGCACACUACAGACAGCUAAUGGGAACUCAGCUCCUCUGUUUGUUAAGCUUAGAAUAAUUAUCCUUGGUAGGGGCCAGUGAUGCCCCACCCAAUACACAUAGUCCACACAGGCUGGUUAUUAAUUACCUCAUAGGUCUAAUGCAACUGCCAGGGGAAACUAAUGUUGUGCUGUGUAGCACUGUGGCACAAAUGAGGGAACAGGUAGUGCUCUGAGCAUAAGCCGUAGCAAAGAGAAUUGGAGAAUCAACUGAGGCAAAGAAUACAAUGACUGUUUGACCUUGAUACAUGUUGCAAACUUCAACAUUACUUUCUUUGCCAUGCAUGGUUCCCUUUUUCCCUUUUUCAAAGACCCUCUGCUACUGGACUGCAAAGCAUUGAGUCCUGAAGGCUUCCAAGGCCAUCAGUGGGCCCCUUUAGAAAGAUCAACUUUAUCACCCCUGACUUGCUCUCAUCUGGCCUUGUUGCUCAGUUGGCGCGGGGGCAAGGGUGUCGCAGUGGUGACAGCACUCGCCUCCCACCAAUGUGGUCCGGGUUCAAAUCCUGGCAUCUACCCCAUAUGUGGGUUGAGUUUGUUUUUGGUUCUCUCCCUUGCUCUGAGAGGUUUUUCUCUGGGUACUCCGGUUUUCCCCUCUCCUUAAAAACCAGCACUUCCACACGGACAUGUUUCAACGAGUUCUCAUAAACUCCCCAGUGCUCCAUGGGUAAACAAAUUACAAAAUUACAUUUACAAUUACGAUUGUUCUAAUCAGAUCAGGAAGUUAAGGAUUUGAUUCCUUCUGACGUGGCUCAUGUAGGUUCCCUAAUUCCCUUUUAACUUAUACUCCAUGCCAGGAUAAUUUUAUGGGUUAUUUCCAGCACUGGAAUUUUCACUGCAUAGUUGACUCUUUGUUUCACUGAAGUGAAUGUGGAGCUUAUGCAACCAUGAUGGCAACAGCAGCAAAACAUCACUUCCUAACUGAAAUUGCAUUGUUUCAAAUUUCAUCAUGAUUAUGCCAUUUGUUAGAUGUAGGCAAAUGUUCCUAGAGUUGAAUUGUUAUGGAUAGCAUAGAUCUGAGACAAGUUUUAAAAGAUAAUAAAAAUAAUAUUGUUGUUUUGUGUGUUAAUGCCCUCCAUAAAAGAUGAAAUUUGUAGUCAUGGGUGAUGGCCAAGAAAUGUACCAGAAAGGAUGAGUGUGCAUGUACAGAGAGGCUGUUUUGUUUAUUAAAACAUUUGUUAGCGUUUAUUUUUUGUUUCUGUCAACAUUCUGGCUGUGUACAGUAAGUUCCCUCAUAUUACUGGACAUAAAUCUCACAGAAGAUUACUGACGUUUUGAUACCACUUGGUUCUGAAAAAUAAUAAUUACCUGAUUAUGAUUAUGAUAAGGAAAACAGUUAAAUGUUUUGUGACACUUUUCUAGAUUGUUUCAAGUUUCAAGAAUCCCAACCAAGCAACCAGUGUUGAGUGUCGUAGAACAAGAAGCUUUGCAGGACAUCGAGAUGGAGUGUGGGAGGUGACAUGUGCAAGACAUACACCAACCAUGACUGGAACAGCAUCUGCUGGUAGGUUCAUAUUGAACCCAUUAAGAAUAUAGAGUGUUCUCAUAUGAUGUCACAUCUGCCAUAAUAAGAAGGGCUGAGAGCAUGUAACUGUCUUGUGCCGAGUUUCUUUACUGGCCAGAAUUGCCUGAAUCUAUUGGUGUCCCGAAACAUUGAAAUGGUGGCUGUGCAUUUUGGUGUUCCAACUUAGUCCUGUCAGAGUUGAACCUUUUUGUUGUAAUAACUUUGUGUAAAGACUUUCUUUUGUUUCAAUAAAUUUGCAUAGUUGCUGCUAAUUAUGGUUGCUGGCUUCAAGAGUGAAAAUUCUCUGUACAAUGUAACAAUUCUUGUGGAGUAGAAAAAUGUGAGAGGUUAUUUUUGUCGCUCUGCUCUUUUAUAGGUCAAAACAUUUAUUUUUGUACCAAGUUCCUCACCUUUUUUCCAGUAAUUUUUAUAAAGACCAGUUCAAAACUUAGUAAACAAGUGCAAAGGAGCAUAAAAAAAAAAAAGAAAAGUCGAUAUGCUUAGGUAGUCAACUCAGUAAGACUUACUAGAUUCAAGGUCAAUGUUGUCGUUUGAAUGACUAGAACAUUGUGUCUGUGAGAAAUAAAAGCAUCAAAUGACGUAAGUUUUCGUACUGGCCACCUUAUUACACCAAGUUGUGCAGAAUGUUAUGUCAUAGUAAGAGAGAGUGAACUCCAUACACUGUACUAAGAGUGUAAACAGUGCAUGUGUUAUGAAAUACUGUAUACUUUCAUCAGAAUAGUUGCAUAAUAAAUUAUGAAAUAAAUAAAUAAGUAGGAGUUGGAGAAAGACAAAGAUGCCAUAAUACAAUGUAGUAAAAUAAUGGUAUAAAUUACUGAUCAUAAUUAGUUAUAAUUACUGUAACUAAUUUAUAAAGGAAAUAAAGGGAGAUGUAAAGAAUCAACCAUAAGAGGACACAGAAAAAAUCUGAGCCCCAGAUGGGAUUCAAACCCACGACCCUCCGUGUCCUAGAUCGGAUGCUCUAACCUCUUUGCUACUGAGGACUCAUUGGCGAGGAAGGGUCAUUUUUGUGGGUUGAACUUGCGUACCGCAUCUCGCAUUCACACAGUCCAUUACAGGCAACACAUAAGGCUUAACUGUAUCACACAAUCACAUUAAUAGUAAGAAAUGUCUCACUAAAAAUAAAGGAGCCUCCAACCAACCAACCUAUGCCACUGAUAUUAAUUUAUAAAGGAAAUAAAGGGAGAUGUAAAGAAUCAACCAUAAGAGGACACAGAAAAAAUCUGAGCUCCAGAAUGGGUUCGAAUCCCAUCUGGGGCUAACAUUUUUUCCUUUAUAUAUUAAUAUCAGUGGCAUAUGUAACUACUUUAACUUAUUAUACAUGUAAUUGUUAUUAAUUUGAUUUUACUGAACUAAUCCCUUCCAGCUGGGUGUCAAAUAAAACAAUAAGGGGUAAAAUUAAUGUAAGUACAUGUAUUUUCACUUGUAGAUCGUUCAGCCAGACUCUGGGAUGUGGAAACUGGGCACAGUGGAUUGCACACUUGGGUCACAGUGGAUCAGGUUGGUGGACAAAGUGGCUCUUGGACAACAAGAAAAUCUAAGACAUCAGGGCCUGGUUCCUGAAAGGCCGAUUAGCGUUAAUCCUGGAUUAUAAUUUUGUUCCGUUUUUGUAUUCUACAUUCCUAUACAUUUUGUGUUAUCGUUACUGUAUCUCAUAGUAAUGCUCAACAGUAUUUUGUAACCUCGAGUUGCAUGUUUUUACACGAGAAAACAUUGCUUGGAAAUUGGCUUAAUCCUGGGUUAAACUUAACCAUCUUUCUAGUAACCAAGCCCAGUUCCUCACUUUGUUAACAAUGGGUGCAAGCUUUUGGCUCAAUGAUAAGGCCCUCUGGAUUGCAAAACCAUGUCACUGUCAGUAUUAUACCAUUGCAUUUGCACUUUUCUCUGUAGCUCUCACAUUUUCAACCCAUAUUUACAUGUCAUUUGUUGCCGUUUCUGCUGUCCUGUCCUGUAUUUUUAUUAUUUUUUUAAUUUUGGACAAUAUUUAAUCAGGGGUGCUCAGUUCAGCGAGGCUGGUUUGAAUGGGGCCCUGACGAAAAGAAAAAAGCAACACAAAAAACAAUAACAGAUAAAAAAUAGGAACGACUAAGUUGGAUUAGAAUUCUGACGAGUGACAUGGCCUUGAAACGGAGAAAGGACCAGAUUAAAUGGCGAAAAACCACAUACUGUAUUAAAGAUGGGUUACAGUAAAUGCCAACAGGGGCAGGGUCUACUCCUCUGAAUAUACGAAACCACCACAUAUUUGAAAUUCAGACCAGGGAUGUACAAACUGCCCACUAUAAAGAAGGCUUCAUUGUUGUAGCAAAAGCUUGAAGCCAUUUUCUCUUACACACCGUAUCUGUCUUUGUGUAUCUCUUUCCAGUUUUAUUCUUUGUAAUCCUUUUGUCACCUUUUUUUUUCAGUCAACUCCAUCAGGUUUCACCCAACAGAUUCUAUAGUUUGUACAG